AGGGGAGGCAGCUUUAUCCAACUAGCUCAGCUAGUUCACCUGUCAACCUCGUCCAACGAAGCCUUCGUGGAGUUCUGACUUGCUUCCUAGUCUUGUUUUAAAAACCACAUUUUCGUAUGGUAACUUGCAUCCGAAAAGCACUUAACUAAGAACACAACAAAUAAGAAAUAUGGGUCCUCAUACGAAACGGUAUUUGCUUUCGUGGUUGUUUGUUGCUUAUAUAAUUCAGGUUUCGAGUUUACACUUCGCGCAAGCGACUUACUUAUAUACUGCAUAUUUGAAUGUCUCGUUUUUUGAUUCUGAAAACAACGAAACGUUCUGGCGACAAGAGGAAAGUGGACUUUACGGGCAAGACUCUCCGAGAGAGCCUGUGACUGGGGAAGUGCUUUUACCGGAGCCGAUCCACAGCUGUGAUUUGGAGACUUUAUAUGAUGUACCAGGCGAUGCUAAGAGUUGGAUCGCCCUGAUUCAGCGUGGAUAUGGAUGUACUUUUACAGAAAAGAUCAAUAUUGCGGCCAGUAAAGGAGCAACAGCUGUCGUAAUCUAUAACGAGCCAGGCACAGAAAAUAGGGUGAUCCAGAUGUCUCAUCCAGGCACCGGGAACACUGUGGCCAUCAUGAUCGGACACACGCGGGGCAUGGAGAUUGUCAGCCUGAUCAAAAGGGGCAUCUCUGUCACCAUGAGCAUCGAGGUGGGCAAGCAGCACGGACCCUGGAUGAGCCAGUACUCUGUCUUCUUUGUCUCCAUCUCCUUCUUCGUGGUGACCGCUGCCACCGUCGGCUACUUUAUCUUCUACUCGGCCCGCCGCCUGAACAGCGUCCGGCAACAGAGCCGUAAGCAGAAACAGCUGAAAGCAGAGGCAAAAAAAGCCAUUGGCCAGCUGCAGAUUCGGACCUUGAAGCAGGGAGAUCAGGAAACGGGACCAGAUGCUGACACCUGUGCUGUGUGCAUUGAGGCCUACAAGCCUGGUGACGUGCUCUCCAUACUCACCUGCAAUCAUUUCUUCCACAAGACAUGCAUCGAACCAUGGUUACUGGAGCACAGGACCUGUCCUAUGUGUAAAUGUGACAUCCUGAAGGCCCUAGGGAUUGAGCCCGAGGAGGACCAUCAUCAGGGCUCCAUCCCACCUGACUUCAGAUCGUACCCCUACAACCCUGAGGACACACACAGCGAGACUGCCUCUUCAGGCUAUGCUUCUGUGCAGGGCAUGGAGGAGCACCCCAUCCCCACAGAAGGCACCACUGUUUUUGAGACUGUACGUGAGCUUGCCGGCCCGGAUCCGGAACCAGGAGCAGUCCGAAUGGAUAGCCAGCCCCACUACGACAACCUGGCUUUCGAGGGAGACGCUCGGGCCAACCAAAAUCCCAGGACGUAAACAGUCUCUGCACUCCAACACUAAAGCUGGAACCAGACUUCUUGCCGGACUUGUGCCACAAUAGACUUAGACUGAAAUUGGUUUUGUGGUUGUCAAAGAGAGAGAUGUCACAGAGAUAUAUCUGGCAAACAAUGCACAACCAGCACAGAAAAUGUGGGAUCACUGCUAGAAAAGUAUGUUUCUGUCUAUGCAUAUUGUCUAAAUGUAAAGAUUGGAUAGGGCACCACUUUGUUGUCUUUAGCCAUCUAUAAUGAAAAUGGUACUACAGAAUCUUCUGUCCUGCAUUGUACAGUUCCAUGCUGUUUGGUUUAAAUUACAUCGUAGUGUGUUCUUUAAUCUUCUGAUUGCAAGUGUAUGUAUGUCUAAUGAUAAGUUAAUCAGACGUAGGGUUAUAAAUUGUACUUUUAAAAAGUUAUUACCUCUAGGUUUUGAAGCAGGCAAUCUGGAUAGACAUGCCCGUAACAGUCUCAUUGUUGAUCUACUGAUAUAGUUCAAGUCACUCGAAAGAUGAAAUUUUAUUUUGAAGGCCUCAAAAUGUGAAGUACAUUUUAAAUAGGUUCAGCGAAAGUGGCUUUCUAAUUCAGUUUGUACCCUUAAGUUGAUUUACAUGCUGAAAUUAAGCUGUCAUUUAAACACUUUAAUUACAUAUUCAGUUAUCUUGUACUUAAAGCCUGGUUUUAGCUUGCUUUUCAAAAUCAUCUUUAACUUUAAUGGAAAAGGAAUGAAUAGUAUGGCCCUAAUAUAUGAAAAAUUCAUUUAGAAUUGACACGGAUGGCAAAAAUUCUUUAUCUCACAGGCACUGAAAAUGCAACAACUGAGGUUACCUCCACCUACUGGACACUUUUGUCUAUUGUUCCUUACAUAAGCUUAUCACUUUUCAACCCUUUCAUAUUGCCUGACAUUAUGCAUAAUGGGAAUUGUAACAGCAUUGUGUUACAAAAUGUUCAUUUACUGAUAUUCGUUUUGUAUUAGUUCAUUUACUUUUUGGAAAUUAUUUUGUUCGCAUUUCGCAGUGACACACACACACAAACAUACAUUAUAAUUAUUAUUUUUUUACCCACUUUGAAGAUGUGUGCCUUAAAAUGCUUUAGCUAUUGUUGAUUUUUCAUAUAAUGUUAUUUUGUUUGUAACUUUACUAGAUGUUUUUAAAACUAUGGAGGUGGAGCUCUCCAAAGUAUUUUAAUUGAAUAAGGGACAUAGUAUUUGUUCAAUUUUUUGUUUCUUAACUGGCUGCAUUUGAGACUUUAUAAGUGUAUAUAUGAUUAAAGUUUAUAUUAAAAUUUAAAUGAAUUGUAAAUAAAAUUUGUUUUAUUAAACCAA